AUGCGCUCGAUCCUGAACUUUGCGGAUCCAGAGGACCGCAAGGAGUUAGCCUACAGGUUAUUUAUUGAAAUACUCUCGUAUCAACUGGCAUCACCGGUCCGAUGGAUCGAGACACAAACCCAACUACUCCAUGCCCUUCCCUCUAUCGAGCGGUUCGUUGAGGUUGGCCCGCGUACAACACUAGCUACAAUGGCCAAACGAUCGUCUUCAAAAUACUACGCAGCAUUCGCACCGUCCCAGUGGUCCCAAAUCCAAUUUCUAUCUUCUUCAGACAAUAGCGAUGAAAUCUUCUAUCGAUAUACGGACGCCGAUCAAUCGUUGAAGCUGUCUUUAACGCCAGCGCCACAAAUACAAACCAUUGAGAACUCCGCGGGUAAAUGUCUUUCUGACACGCGGCCCAGGAUCAAGGCUCUACCACCACCCUCAUUCCAGACAGAAAAAGCAGCCCCGAGAGUGGACAUGGCUUUGUCGACCGCACAUGUGGUUCUGGCCAUGACAGCCCAGAAACUCCGUCGGCCCUUUUACCAGGUCCCAAUGAACAAGACAAUUAGAGAUCUAUCAGGAGGGAAAUCUACGCUUCAGAAUGAACUGGUAGGUGAUCUGGUUGCAGAGUUCGGCAAGGUCCCUGAAGGCGCCGAGGACAUGCCUUUGGCUACACUAAGCGAGGCACUACGACAUGGAGCUUCCAUAAAGCCGGGGAAGGCUAUGUCGAGCUUGAUAUCGAGGUUCAUAUCCGGAAAAAUGCCCGCAGGGUUCAACCAAAACGCUGUUCACGAUUAUUUGGAAGCACGAUGGGGUCUGACCAGAUCGCAUUCUAUCAUCCCGAUUUGCCUGGCCACUUCAGUGGAGCCCCCUACCCGACUGGGAACCUCCGAGCUGGCCAAAUCGUAUUUUGACGAACUGGUUCAACGUUAUUCAGAGUUCUACAACAUCUCUCUGGAUAUGUUUGACGUGGAUCGUGAUGAUACAACCCGGGCAAAACAGGUGACCGUGGACUCGGCCACGUUCGAGCGCUUAAAGGGCGAAAAUAAGGAUUUCCACAGGAAACAUUUUGAGUUCCUUGCCCAGUAUCUUGGAAUCGACCAUCACCCACGAGGACAGCAGUCCGACGAGAUAUUAGGUGUACUGGAAGUACAACAGAAGCUUGACCGAUGGAGCGAUGAGUUUGACGAACAAUUUCUACACGGGAUCAGACCGAUUUUCAACCCACGUCAGGUGCGCAACUACGAUUCCUGGUGGAAUUGGGUGCGAGAAGACCUCAUUCGCUGGAUUCUCGAGAACUGGCGGAAAUCGACAGACGGUAUCCUUUAUCCAGUUGACAGCCGGCUGGCGAUGAUUUUGAACAGAUGGCAGUCUAGCUGCACAGACAUAAUCUCAUCCUAUCUGGACUCGUCUCCCUCCUACCUGAGUCGUUCGCCGCUCCAGAAUUGCAACAUACGACCCCUCUUGGCCGAAAUCCGAAGGCUCGGAGACGAAGGUUCUAGUGCCGAUCCACUGUUUGUAUACAGACAAAAGCCGAUGGGGCCUAAGACUAGCUUUACCCAAUCUGCUAAGAUGGAAUAUACAGAGACGUGUCGACCGGUUGGCUCAUACCUUGACGCAGUGCGUCUGGGCCGCCCAUCACCUAUCGACCAGAAAUUCACCACCCCUUUCGUACACAUCAAGACUCGACGGAAGGAAGAAGACUGGCUGUACGACCCAUUUGCCACCAAGAAUUAUCAAACCGACUUACAGACAGGAUCUAGCGAUGGGUUCAGCUAUAAGGGCAAAGCAGUUCUGGUGACGGGUGCCGGCCCUGAUUCGAUUGGAGCCCACAUAAUCCAAGGCCUCUUGAGCGGCGGUGCUCGCGUCGUUGUCACUACGAGCCGGGAGAUCUCUGCCAGCGCUGGAUUUUAUCAACAAUUGUACCGUCAGUAUGGCUCUAAGGGCGCGUCUUUAACACUUCUACCUACGAACCAGGGUAGUAGAAAGGACUGUGAAGCUCUAGUCGAGCAUCUCUAUGGCGCUGACUCCCCAGUGGGUGGCGAUAUUGACUACAUUAUUCCAUUCGCAGCCAUUCCGCAGACCGGAGAGCUCGAGGGCCUGGACGGGCAACAAGAGCUCUGUCUUAGAACUAUGCUAGUUAACCUCUUGAGGCUGAUUGGAUUUGUUCGCCGUGAAAAAGAAACUCGUCGCAUCGAGACCAGGCCGACCAUGGUAAUACUGCCCAUGUCUUGCAACGAGGGUACCUUCGGGGGAGAUGGCCUAUAUGCUGAGUCAAAGAUCGGCUUGAGGUCGCUUUUCAACCGGUUUCAAUCAGAGAGUUGGUCUACCUAUGUAACUGUAUGUGGCGCCGUCAUCGGGUGGACACGAGGCACAGGGUUGAUGCGAAGUUCCAACAUCGUGGCCGAAGAAAUUGAAAAACUCGGGGUGAUGACAUUCACACAGGCUGAAAUGGCAUUCAACAUUCUCGCUCUGAUGAGGCCAGCCAUCACAACCCUAGCAGACGAGGCUCCCAUCUAUGCUGAUUUGACGGGUGGGCUGGGUUCAAUGUGGGAUAUCAAAGAACGAAUCUCCUCAGCUCGCGCGAAAUUAAACGAUAAGUUGAGGCUGCAAAAUGCCCUUGCAGAAGAAAAUGCUCGUCACGAGGCAGUACUGUAUGGAGCCAAACACCAAGGACCCAAGCAGGAGACGCCCCCACGCUUGUCUAACCUAUCACUCGCAUUUCCUAAAAUCCCCGGGCUCAAAGCAUUCCGAGAAAUCAAGGCCAAUCUACCCCGUCUAUAUGGCAUGGUGGAUUUAUCUUCCACAAUAGUCGUGGUGGGUUUCUCCGAGCUGGGUCCUUGGGGAAACGCACGCACGCGGUGGGAAAUGGAAUACCAAGGGAAUUUCACAUUAGAGGGCUAUGUCGAGAUGGCCUGGAUCAUGGGCUUGAUCAGACACGUCGACGGAGAAUUGGAGGGAAGUCCUUACGUUGGAUGGAUUGAUGUCAAUACACAAUCGCCCGUCCCGGAUAAUGAAAUCCCCCACAAAUACCACGAUCGUAUCAUGAGACACAGUGGAGUCCGACACAUUGAACCGGAUACGACAUACAAUCCUCAACGAAAGGAGUAUUUACACGAGGUGGUCGUUGAGAAGGAUCUACCACCAUUCGAAACCUCCUUGUCCACUGCGGAGGACUUCAAACGGCGGCACGGGGAGCAUAUUUCACUGCAACCAAUAGAGGGAACAGAAUUUUGCCGUGUGUAUGUGAAGACUGGCGCCAUAAUGAUGAUUCCAAAGGUAGUUCCGUUUGAGCAGGUCGUGGCAGGGACCAUCCCGAAAGGUUGGGAUCCUGCCCGCUACGGAAUUCCGCGAGACGUUGUGGAACAGGCGGACGUCACCACGCUCUAUGCUUUAUGCUGUGUCUCGGAAGCAUUUCUAUCCGCAGGAAUUGUUGAUCCCUACGAGGUGUAUCAAUACAUACACGCGUCGGAACUUGCAAACUGCCUGGGAACAGGCGGUGGUCCCUUGAAGAUUAUCCAGAAGAUGUACCGCGACCGCUACCUGGACCGCCCAGUCAGGGGCGACAUCAUUUCAGAACACUUCAUGAAUACUAUGGGGGCAUGGAUUAACAUGCUUCUGCUUUCCGCUGCAGGGCCACUGAAGACACCCGUGGGUGCAUGCGCCACGGCCAUUGAGUCGCUGGAUAUCGGUUGCGAGGCCAUUCGAUCCGGAAAUUGCAAAAUGGCAAUCGUUGGUGGGUGCGAUGACUAUGGUGAAGAAUUGGCAUACGAAUUCGCCAAUAUCAAAGCCACAGCCAAUAGCACAGACGAACUAUCCAAGGGUCGUCAACCUAGUGAGAUUUCACGCCCUACGGCCAAUUCACGCAGCGGAUUUGCGGAAUCAGCCGGGUGUGGAGUGCAAAUCAUCACCACGGCCUCGACAGCCCUGGAAAUGGGAUUGCCAAUUCACGGCAUCAUCGCAUACACACAGAUGGCAAGCGACCAAACCGGCCGGUCGAUUCCCGCGCCGGGCAAAGGGAUAUUAACCAGUGCUCGUGAGAGCGAGGGUGCUAGAAACUCUCUAUUGCUCGACUUCAAGCUCCGCCGGGCAUGUUUUGACGACGAAUGCAAAGCUAUGAACUCUCAGUUGUCUAACGGCGAAUCUGUCGAACAUGUGAGGGAUGCAGUGGAUCAUGUCCGGUCUUUGAAAUUCAAGGACACACAACACCGAUGGGCAAACAACAUUCGCCUCCAGGACCCUUCCGUCUCGCCCAUGAGAGCAGCUUUGGCGACCUGGGGUCUGACCAUCGACGAUAUUCGGGUGGUCUCCAUGCACGGAACGUCGACCAAGGCCAACGAGAUCAACGAGGGAGAUGUCAUCAAUACUCAAAUGGAUCACCUCGGUCGUCGGCGGGGAAAUCCACUUCUAUGCGUCUGUCAGAAGUCCCUGACUGGUCACCCUAAAGGCGCGGCGGGUGCCUGGCAGUUGAAUGGGUGUAUGCAGAUGCUUCGGGAUUCUAUCAUCCCAGGAAACCGCAAUGCAGACAACAUUGACGGCCAUCUCCGACGGUUCGAACACCUUGUGUAUCCGAUGGAGACAAUGCGAGUUCUACAAGUGGAUGCUGCCAUGCUCACCUCGUUCGGGUUCGGUCAGAAAGGGGCGAUUGCAGUUGUAGUCGCACCCAGAUUCAUUUUCGCCUCGAUCGCGGAUGCUUGUUACAACGACUACCGAGACAAAGCAGUGAAGAGGCAACGGGUAGCAACCACUGAAUUCAUCUCCCGAAUCUUCAAUGGUCAAAUGGUCCAAGUUAAAGAAGAUCCACCGUGGAAGAACCUAGAAGCUAUGCGCGCCACUUUUCUCGACUCGAGUAUCCGCCUCGUCGACGAGCUUGACACUAUAAAUGGGGGUCUUGUGGGCGAGGAUAAUGCAGAACCACCAGCCCUUUCGAACCAGCUUCAGAAAAUGCUGCAAGAGGUUUUGCAACGGCCGAACGCAUCCGCACCUUAUGAAAUUGGUGUCGACAUCGAAGACAUCUCAAACGUCAGCAUCGACAACGACAGUUUCUUGGAACGUAACUUUACACCCGCGGAGCGUGAAUACUGUUUGAAUGCACCCGAUCCGCAGUCCUCAUUCGCGGGGCGUUGGUGUGCGAAGGAGGCUGUAUUCAAAUGCAUGAAAACAGUGUCUAAGGGAGCCGGGGCAGACAUGAAGGAUAUUGAAGUUCUCAGCCAUCAGGGCAUUCCUCGGGUUAUUCUUCAUGGGAGGGCCAAGGCAGUGGCUGAUGUGAAAAAGUUCAGCGGCAUCGAGGUGACUAUCAGUCAUUCCAUGUAUACCGCUGUCGCCGUCGCGGUGAGCGUUGGGCGAGUUUGA